AUGCUGCCACUUAAUUCGCCUACCAACUCCGACAUCACCCUUGGCAACUUGCGGUGCACCAUCGUGUCCACUCGCAAAGUGGCAAGCCACACUGACUAUGCCAUUCGCGUGCAGACUGACCGAAAUGGUGGGCAAGACCUUGUCUAUCGUCGCUUCUCGGCAUUUUUGCAGCUACAGCAAAUCGCACGCCGUCACUUUCAGGAGCAUGAUGUUUGCUGUGGCGGCAAAAAAAGCUGCCUUCUUGCCUCUUGUAUCGAGCAUGUAUUCGUGGACACCGAGUUUCCAGUGAUGCAAGGCCGUUUUCUCGGCAAAAACUCGAAAAGUGUCGUGCGUGAGCGGGUGCUGUUCUUGAACGCUUUUUUGCUGGAGCUUGAAGAGGCGCUUUGCAAGUGCCCUCCUGUCGUCAUGGCUUGCUGCGAGAAGCAGGGCUGCAAGAUUAUCAAGCUGCUAAAGAGUUUCUACGGCUGUCUUGAUUUGGGAAGCAGCGACUCCGUUUAG